CCUCAAAUCUCAUAUUUUUCUCCUUAUUGUUUGUUAUGGUGUUAUGGAAGUCGAAGACGAAAUAGUUGUAAGGGUGGCGAAGAUGGAGAAGUGUACAGAAAUAGAAAAUCCUAUUUUUCUAUAAAUGUACAAUUAGUGUGUGACAGUACCCUAAAAAUCAUAAAUGUUGUUGCCAGAUGGCCAGGUUCGGCACAUGAUGCAACAAUAUUUAAUAACAGUCGUUUGAGGACAAGGUGUGAGGCAGGGGAGUUCGGUACUGCUAUUCUUCUUGGUGACAGUGGAUAUGCACUUAAAGCAUACUUAUUAACACCGCUUCUGAAUCCAACAACACCAGCACAGCAAUUAUAUAAUGAGUCGCACAUUCGCACACGGAAUUGCAUCGAAAGAACAAAUGGUGUAUGGAAAAGACGUUUUCUAGCACUGUGUUACGGACUUCGGUGCCAUAUUGAUACCGCUUUAACUGUCAUUGUAGCAACAGCAGUUCUGCAUAACAUCGCGAUUAAUAUGCAUGAAGACAUGCCACCACCUCCGAAUGACAUAAAUGCGGAGGAACUGGAGUAUCUAAUUCAGCAGGGUCAGAUUGAAGCUAUACAGGGACCCCAACAUAUUAAUUACGAUUUCAGAACACACAUUGUUAAUAAUUAUUUUGCACAUUUAUAAAAUAUGUAUUUGUUACUUAACACAUUUACGUAUGUACCAGUUUAUAAUAUUAUUGUUACCUAUAUUACUAUAAGUAUAAAACAGAUAAUUACUAAUUUUCAGUGUCAAGCUCUUCAUCUCUUUUCAAUUUCCUAGUUA